AUGGCCGAGCUGCUGUGUCUGGGGCUGGAGUCCACCAAGGGUGCUGUGGGAGCGGACAGGAAACAGCACCGCCUCUUCCACUACCACACUACACCUACUGACUUGGACUACACCCCACGGUUUGAAUUAGGCCCGAAGCCAGAAUCCUCGACAACUCAGUCCUUCAAGAUCCGAAAUAUUGACGAGUGUGCAGAGGGCCUGAUCGAGUGCCACAAUCACUCUCGCUGUGUCAACCUGCCCGGCUGGUACCACUGUGAGUGCAGAAGUGGUUUCCAUGACAAUGGCUCUUACCUGCUCGAUGGGAGAUCCUGCAUUGACAUUGAUGAGUGCCGUUUGCAGACACACACCUGCUGGAAUGACAGUGUGUGUGUGAACCUCCCGGGAGGCUACGACUGUGUGUGUAUGUCUGGCUGCGGUGGCGACUGCACAGAGGAAGAGGGAAUCAGACGCAACGGAGAGGAUUGGAAACCCAGCAUUGACCGCUGUGCUAAAUGCUCCUGCAAGGACGGGCAGACGUACUGCAGAAGGAGACCCUGUGACUGUGGAGACCCAGAGGAGGACCUGUUCUGCUGUCCCGGCUGUGACAACAGGCCCAGCAGCCAGUGUCUGGAUCAGAGCGGACGCACACUCUAUCGCAGCGGAGCGUCCUGGCAGUACGGCUGCCAGCAGUGCCGCUGCAUGGAGGGGGAGGUGGACAGCUGGCCUCUGGUCUGCCCCGUGUUGAUGUGCGAGUACACGGCGGUGGCGGAGGGCGAGUGUUGCCCGCGCUGCGUCACAGACCCCUGCCUGGCAGACAACCUGCCGUACGACAUCCGGCAGACGUGUCAGGACCCCGCAGGCGCCGUCCGCCUGAGCGGGGACAUAUGGCAUAUGACCAACUCACCCUGUACUAACUGCGAGUGUAAGAAUGGGAAUGUUUGCUGCUCGGUGGAUCUCGACUGCCUUCAGAACAACUAAAGCUCUCCCCGUCCUGUCCUCUCACUGCCACGCCCCCACCUCCAUCUGAUGACGCUCCCUUUGGA